GAUACCACAGAAAUUAUUCUGAUCUGUGCUCCCUUGUAGAUUGGGAUGCUAGAAAUGUUUUUUCUGGCACCUUGGCUGGAAGAUAGAUUGGAUCCAGAUGUGUCUGCCGAGGGGAAUUUUCCAGCUCCUGGGCUGGAUGAAGCACACAAGCCCGAUUACCAUGGCAGGGGUCCUCCAACAGGACAGACCCACGCUAAAGGAGAAAAUGAAUCCCUGACGCCUUCUGAACUUGUGGACCAGAUGCUGAAUGAUCUGGAGAGACGCCGUGAAAUGAAAGUAGAGCCUGUGCAGAUGGAAGCACUCCCCAGAGGAAGCAGUGGUUCCGUGCCAGUCUCGGCUGCAGAAAGGGAUGCCAUGCCAGGCACAGGCACAGGAGAUUGGGAUCCUGAUAUGGAUUAUUUGGAAGUCCUGGUGCAUAACCAUUUUAAGUCCUUGGAGGAUGCCGAAGCUAACUCGGUUGGUGAAAAUGAUCUGGCUUCCCAACCCAUGUCCAGGACUGAGCCUCUGGGAGAUGGUGAAGUGAUGGACCAAAAGGCUGUGCAGAUAGAGGAACACCUAGGGAGAAGCAGUGGCUCAUUGGCAGCCCCUGCUGCAGGAAAGAAGGCAAAGCCAGACACGGGCACAGGCACAGCAGAUGUAGCCGGCAGCACAACACGUGUUCCCGAUGCCCAGAAGGGCCUCAGAAGCGGUUUGUGUCAGGGAACUCGCUGUUUGUUGGAGUUAAUGGCCAUUGUGGCUGGUGGGGAGCUUGUCUUCACAUUGUGCUGCAUUGGAAUCUGGUAUUCCUGGAAGAGAAGACGGUGAAUGUUUUGUUGCUCUCCCCCUCAAACAGCUUCUUUUGAAAGUCUACUGCAGACAGGGAACAUUCCCAGCGAGAUUGCAGUGGAGUUGUGGCCAGUCCAUGGUUCUCCAAAU